ACUUACGAAGCAUUCUUCUCUACAUGAAGUUUUAUGCUCUCAAUAAUAUCUCUUACUUCUAUCAUUCAUUUCCUUAAAUUUAAAAUGGUAUCAGAGCCGAAACCUGGAAGCCAAAAUCUUAGCAAAUCAUAGAAAUCCCAAAUCUUUAUCUUCUGUUCUCCUUGAGUGGAGAGUAAUCACGCCAGCAUGAAAGAAAUAUUAUCACACACUUGCACUUGGAUAAUUGAUUCCGGGGCAAGUGAACAUAUCACCUGUGAUAAUAAGAAUUUGUUCAACAUUUCGGUUCAACCUUUUGAACCGUCGAUCAAGAUUCCAAAUGGCGAACUCGUUCCAGUUUCUGCGAUUGGCAGUCUAUGCCUACCUAAUGGAAUCUGUCUGCAACGUGUGUUAUAUGUUCCACAAUUUCAAUGCAACCUGCUCUCAGUCAGUCGCCUCACUAGCGAUCUUAAUUGUACAUUCAUUUUUUCCUCCAGCUUAUGCAUUUUGCGGGACACGUCUACUGGAAAGUUGAUUGGUGUGGGAAAGCUCCACAAUGGUCUCUAUUAUUUAGAGUCAUCAAGAGGUGAAAUGGUGGCAAUGUCCGUUGGAACGCGUUCAGAUUUAUGGCACCAACGUUUAGGACAUGCUUCAGAUGGAAAACUACAAUACAUCACAUCUCUCAAAGAUUUUCGACGGAACAGUACUUUUUGUGAUCCAUGUCUGAGAGCUAAACAAACACGGCUGCCUUUUCCUGAAAGUACUAAACAUAUACACUUCUCGAGAUGUCACGUUUAUUGAGGGUGAAUUUCCAAGGUUGAUCAGGAAGGACUUGAUUUUGGGAUGAUUAUUGACCGGGUGUACCAACAAGUCGUGGCUCCCACCAAAAUGCCAUCAUCUGAUGAGCACCAUACCAGAACCACACAAAAGUCUUGGAAUUCAUCUUCAGCAAGCAUAGAGCCUACCAAGGGCCUGGAUGUCACCUUCGGUCACCAACCUGCCGAUCUGUAACACCGUCCCCAAAAAGUAUUUACUUUUAAGUGAAUAAUGUAUUGAACUUAUGGAAUGGUUAACGAGUAUUCGAA